AGUUACUACUCUACCAUGGCAGAGCUUGAAAACAGUCCUCUGUCUCUCUCAUUCUCUGGAAGUGGAUUUUUGUCUGUGUAUCAGAUUGGAGCUGUGAAAGCUCUUCUGGACCUGGCCCCUGAUGUACUGAAGAAUGCUCCUAGGGUGUACGGAGCCUCAGCGGGAUCUCUGAUUGCAGCUGCGGUGGUCUUCAACACGAACCUCGAUGAACUUCAAGAAAUAAUAAUGGACGCAGCAAAUGAAGCUAGGAAGCCCAUUCUUGGGCCUUUUUUCCCAAGCUUCAAUCUACUUGCCAUUUUGAAGAAGACUCUGAACAGAUUUAUGCCAGAAAACGCACACCAACUAGCAAGUGGAAGACUUCAUGUGGCUCUUACACGACUGUCAGAUGGAAAAACUAUACUGGUUUCUGAUUUUAAAUCCAAGGAAGAGGUUCUGCAGGCCCUGAUCUGUAGCUGUUUUGUCCCCUUUUACUGCGGCUUGGUCCCACCUUCUUUCCGAGGAGUGAGGUAUAUUGAUGGCGGCCUUUCAAACUUCCAACCACUUUAUGAACUACAUUCGAUCAUAACUGUGUCCCCUUUCACCGGAGAGAUUGACAUCUGCCCUCGAGACUGCCCUGUCAGCCAUUUAUGCCUUCAUAUUUUGAAUAGUAGCUUCCAGCUGUCUGUCCAAAAUAUAUGCAGAGUGAGCUAUGCCUUAUUUCCACCCUCCUCCUUUGUACUAAAUGGCUUUUAUUACCAAGGCUAUCGAGACGCUAUUGUAUAUCUCAUUAGGAAUGGUAAACAUCGGCUGUGCCUUGAGGAUCAAAACAAUAUCAAUGCGGUCUUGAAAAACAAGGACGAUAAAAUGAAACAACACGAAAAGUUACUGGUUAAAAAAACAAAUCAGUAUGGAUAA